AUGGCACAACUACAGUACAGUGUGGUAUUGAUUCUUUGGUCUCUUUUCUCGCUAUCUGUUGCAGAAACUUGCUGGCGUGAUACCACUUGCUCUGGGCCUAUAGACACUGCAUUCAGCGGGCCAUGGGAAAAGAACAUAUUUGCACCGGCAUCCCGGACAGUACGACCAGCCUCAACGUUACCAGAGUUGAAAAUCAACGCUGUCACAGACUCCUCACAUCCAUACAAAGCAGCAUUACACGGCAAUGGGUCGCUUGUCGUAUUUGACUUUGGCAUUGAGGUUGGCGGCAUCGUCCAUCUAAACUAUACCUCCACCGGCAGUGGGGCUUUAGGGCUAGCGUUUACAGAAGCCAAAAAUUGGAUUGGAGAGUGGUCGGACUCAUCAAGCGCUCUAUAUCAUGAUGGCGCGUUGUAUGCAAAUAUUUCUUCAACUGGAAAGGGCACAUAUAUCAUGCCGGACAAAUACCUGCGGGGUGGAUUCCGGUACUUGACAGUCUUCUUAAUCACAGGUGAUUCGGCCAGUGUUCAGAUUGACGAUUUGAGCUUAGAGCUUGCGUUUAAGCCCACUUGGUCGAAUCUCCGAGCGUAUCAGGGGUACUUUCACUGCAGUGAUGAGCUUUUGAACCGCAUCUGGUAUAGUGGUGCAUAUACUCUCCAGACGAAUGAGGUCCCUGUGAAUACUGGCCGUGUUACAAAAGGCGUCACCUCUGGGUGGGUAAACAAUGGAACUCUCGGGCCAGGAGACACGAUCAUUGUUGAUGGUGCAAAGCGAGAUCGUGCGGUUUGGCCUGGUGAUAUGGGUAUUGCUGUUCCUUCGGCUUUUGUGAGUCUGGGAGACUUGGAAAGUGUAAAGAACGCUUUGCAGAUUAUGUACAACACCCAGAACAAGACAACAGGCGCAUUUGAUGAGUCUGGGCCGCCAUUGAGUCAGAAAGACUCGGACACAUAUCAUAUGUGGUCUAUGAUUGGCACCUAUAAAUAUGUGCUUUAUACCAAUGACACAGACUUCUUGUUGGAGAAUUGGGCCAGUUAUCAGCACGCCAUGGAAUAUAUAUAUGGAAAGGUGACUUACCCCAGCGGGCUUUUGAAUGUAACAGGUACACGAGACUGGGCGAGAUGGCAGCAAGGCUAUAACAACUCGGAAGCACAGAUGAUUCUCUAUCAUACCCUACAGACAGGAUCAACUCUCUCUCUGUGGGCUGGGGAUUCUACCAAUCUAUCAAGCACAUGGAGCUCCCAGGCCGCCAAUCUCAAAAAAGCAAUCAACACCUACUGCUGGGACGAGUCAUACGGCGCAUUCAAAGACAACGCAACCGAGACCUCUCUGCAUCCACAAGAUGCUAACAGCAUGGCUAUUAUGUUCGGCGUUGUAAACGAAGAGCGCACAGCCAGCAUUUCCAAAAAGCUUCUCAAGAACUGGACCCCCAUAGGGGCCGUGGCUCCUGAGUUGCCAGAAAACAUUGCCUCGUUCAUAUCAUCUUUCGAGAUUCAAAGUCACUUCAUUGCCCAAGAGCCUGCACGAGCGCUGGACCUCAUUCGUCGCAGUUGGGGUUGGUAUAUCAAUAACCCGAAUGGUACAGAAAGCACCGUAGUUGAGGGUUAUCUCAAGAACGGGACUUUCGGGUAUCGAAUGGACCGCGGAUAUGGCUAUGAUCCAUCAUAUGUCUCACAUGCGCAUGGCUGGUCCUCCGGUCCGACCUCUGCAUUGACGGAGUUUGUUGUCGGUCUCUCCGUGGCCUCGCCACUAGGAUUGACAUGGAAAAUUGCGCCGCAAUUUGGAGAUCUGGAAUUUGCCGAGGCCGGCUUUGUAACCUCCCUUGGGAAGUUUGAAGCUUCUUGGAUUUUGAAUUCGAGUGGAUAUGUGUUGACGUUCUCGGUACCAAAGGGUACUGUUGGGAAUGUUACUUUGCCCUAUGUCACUGCGUCGAAGAAGCCUUCGAUUACCAUUGAUGGUGACCAGUUGACGAGAGGAGUGGCUUAUGUUGAUGGUACUGCAACUGUUAAAGUCACUGGUGGCUCUCACAGGGUGGUUGUCAAAUAA